CGUUCACAGACGUCACCAGAGGAAAAACUGAACCAGAGCGUAACACUGCGCUUCGGAUGACAAGAGCUGGAUAGAGGAUCAAAAUAAAGCACAAAAAGUAGGACAACCGCAGUGCAGGUUGGAAAUCUCGUUGCGCGAUUUGGAGAUGCUCGAAACGGGCACAUAAAAGCGGCAAUGAAGCGGAAAAGCGAAAAGAGACGACCCGAGUCGAGGAAAAAGCGCUGUGCGGCUCAGGGAGAGGAGGCGGAGCCAAAGUCAGCUAUUUACAUUACUGUAUCAGAUCAACUGUAUUUUGCCGUACUGCAGCAGAAAAUAAAAAGCACAGCGGACAGACAUUGUUUCUGUGUAGACGACGAGUUGUCAUAUGAAAACUUCUAUGCAGACUUUGGCCCGCUCAACCUGGCCAUGUUUUAUCGCUUCUGUUGCAAGCUCACUAAAAAGCUCAAGUCAAUUACACUUGCGCAGAAGAAGAUUGUCUUCUACACCUGUGGAGACCAAAAGAAACAAGCCAACGCUGCCUAUCUUAUUGGUUCAUAUGCAGUAAUGCAUCUACAGAUGACUCCAGAGGAAGCCUACAGUCUCCUAGUGUCCAGAAACUCGACCUACUUACCCUUCAGAGAUGCCUCUUUUGGAACCUGUAUGUACCAUCUAAACAUUCUGGACUGCCUGCGUGCCAUAUACAAGGCUCUGCAGUUUGGCUGGCUUGAUUUCUCUCAGUUUAAUGUGGAGGAAUAUGAAUAUUACGAGAGAGCAGAAAAUGGAGAUUUUAACUGGAUAAUUCCAGGGAAAUUCCUAGCGUUCAGUGGUCCUCAUCCAAAAAGCAAAAUAGAGAACGGUUACCCUCUGCAUGCACCGGAGGCCUACUUUCCUUACUUCAGGAAACACAAUAUCACCACCAUUGUCCGUCUGAACAAAAAGAUGUACGACGCCAAGCGGUUCACAGACAUGGGCUUUGAGCACCACGACCUGUUCUUUGUGGAUGGGAGCACACCGAAUGACUCCAUUGUCCGGAAGUUUCUCAAUAUCUGUGAGAACGCGGACGGAGCAAUAGCUGUUCAUUGUAAAGCGGGUCUGGGUCGAACAGGCACUUUAAUAGGCUGCUACAUGAUGAAGCACUACCGCCUGACUGCGGCCGAGUCCAUUGCCUGGAUGAGGAUCUGCCGGCCUGGAUCAGUCAUUGGACCGCAGCAGAACUUUGUGGAAGGUAAGCAGACCAGCCUGUGGUUGGAGGGUGACAUGUUCCGGGAGAAAAUUAACAAGCAGGAAAACGGAAAGCUAGCAGUCACUAGGAUCCUGUCGGGGGUUGAUGACAUCACUAUCAACGGUAGCAACAAGAACAGGACAACCAGGAAAGAAGAGGAGGAAUUGUAUAAUGACGAUGAGGAGAGGAAUGGCAUCACGCAGGGAGAUAAACUGCGAGCCCUGAAGAGCAAGAGACAAGCCAGAGCAUCCACAGGCUCCCUAUCGCAGGGGGCAGGACACUGCUGGAGCCUCAUAGGCACCGUGUGGCCAGAGUGCUGCCUCGAGUGUCUGCCUUUCAAAAUGUAGCAGAGAGCCAGAGAGGGAACAGAAGAGAGGGAAAAGACACAGUGAGAGAACAGACACAGAGAGGAAGUGAGGUUUUGUAUCACCAAGGUAAGUGCAUGUCACUUCCUGUCUGACUAGCCUACUCUUUCUGUUUUAAGUGGUUGCCAUGCCAGUGGAUGUAUGGCUUUGAGAGACCGUAGUACAAUAAGGUAUAGAAUGGCUAGAUAAGGAUAUGAAUGAUUUUGGUCAAGCGCUCGGGCACAUGCUGCUUUGAUGUGCACAGGCUAGUUAGGGUGAGCAUCUGUAGACAGGAUUCGGAGGACUACUUGUUCUGUUGACUGAGGCAUCCGCUGAACAGAAUAAAGUGGUCUCCAUCGGCCUUUGUGGAUACGGAAACAUGCUAUGGUAUUUGCUGCGUAUUGCAGCCUAAACCUUACACUCCAAUUAAAGUCAAUCUAACUACCAUUGUUUUCCUCUGUCAAAGGGACUGAUGUGCUUCAAUUGAUUGGGCAUGUGGGAUCUAUUGGCUCCUAUGCAUGACUAAAAGCAUGAUUUAAACCUUCAAACGUGCAUGGCCUCAGUAUUGUAUGUAACAAUGUGUAACAUCUUGUGUUGGGCCGAGUUGAAUUUAAAAUGUCUGUUCUUUUUCCAUUUUGUUUGUGACUGGGUUAGUGCUUGACAGCUGUCUGAGUCUUGCUUUUUCCUGCUUAAAAAUCUUAUGUUCUCUACUAAACCAAACCCACAUUCAUUUAAGAGGAAUCCCUGACAUUUAAGGUUCAAGCAUUAUAGUUGUCUUGUAUCACCCUAUGAUGUCUCUAGUAUGAUAUUGCUGAAUACUGUAUUUCACAGUUCUGUCCACCAUACUCUUAUCUGCCACAGGUGCAGGUUGUCAGAUUAUGUUUAAGAUUCCAGUGUCCUUUAAAUGUGAUUGGCAAAUUCUCUUUGUUUACUUUGAGAGCCAUCCUCUAGACACUGUUUGGUUUUUGGACAUGUGUAUGAUUUGUUAUUUGUCUGUGAUGUAUAGUGAGGGUUUUCUCCAGUCAGCUGGGCCUAUAUAUGCUGGUGCAUUUGUUCUUCCAUAAAGGCAUUCUCUAUUGAAGUCAGUCUUUUAAGGAAACUGGAGGCAAGCUUAAUUUUUUUUUUGUUAAUGAUUCCCCGUUUCAAACAACUCUUGGGCUGAUGCCAGUGCAGGUAAUGAAGAUAUCAGAUUAAAGGCCCUAUUACACCAGCCUUUUGCAACCUUUUUUUUUGUACCAGAGACUGACAUAUUUUGAGCUUCUUUCUCUGGGGGCUGUUUUGUGUUAAUAAUAAUAAUAAUAAUAAUAAUAUUUAUUAUUAUUAUUAUUAAUAAAAAUAAUAUGUAUUGUCUUUGGGCUAAUGGUAAUAAACAGAAAAGAUGACACAGGUGUUCCUGAGAGGUUCCUUUUUAAUUGGUUAUAGUAACUAAUCGCGCCAACAUUUGACUCUAUUUGUGAAAAUGACAGACACCAGGUAGCUUAGCAUUAGAGGGUUAGUCCUGUAAAUGAAAGAUCUACAGUUUGAAUCCCUGGGCUGACAGGGCUGGGCUGAAAAUGUCAGCAUGCUUUUAAGAAAGGCACUUACCUUUAAAUGGCCCUUGUAUCUCCAGAUAAGUUUCUGAAUAAUGGCUAAAUUGUAAACGUACUCUCUGAAAGAGAAUUUGGCCCUGCUUGUUUUACCCAUGUUCGUUUAAUGAGUUUGUAGCCUAGGGUCCUAACUGCAUUUAAUAAUUCCACUUCGUUGCCAUGUGAAUCGAGAUCACUAGUCAGCCAAAGUGGAACGGGUCUGGCGCUCCAGCUGAGGCUCCAGGUUUGUGGAUGAGCAGGACUCUGGCAAGGGCAUUGCUGUUGCUUAAGCCUGACCCAGUCCGGGUGGAAAAGACAAGGGGUCUCUCCUUACCGGACGUCUCGUCCGUCCUUCCUUUCUGUCAAUGUUUUUGUUUGUUCUGUUUGUCGGAUGUUUUCCCUCUCCUUCUUUUAGAUGGUUGGCAGCCAUGCUGCUGUGGUCCCUGUGUAGCCUUGCCCUGUGGUGGAUUGUGUAUGGCUUCCCUUCUCCCAUCCUGAAUUUCUGUA